AUGGGUGCUGUCGGCGGCCUUGCGUCGGCGGCGGCAGCGGCAGCGGGGCCCGGGGCGGUCGGCGGCAGCGCAGGCGCGGCAGCGGCCCAGUCGGGCUGGCAGCUGGCCGUUGUGGCGCUGCUGGGGCUCGCGGGCGCCACAACCAGCAGCAGGGCGCAGGAGGAGCUUCCGCCGCCGCCACACCUUGACAAGGGCUUCAACCUCAUGUCCCUGGACCAGCGCCGCCGCACCUUCUUCAAGUACGAGAAGCGCAUCCGGGAGAUGAGCCCACCCGAGAAGGUGUUUGAGUACUUUGCCUCCCAGAGCGAGGCCAAGGUGUUCUCCAUGACUGCGGGGGACAUGCUGCGCUCGGUGGUGCCUGUGUAUCCGCCUGAGGGCAGCGACGUGAUACGGGCGGGGUCGCUGCCGGGCGAGCCCAGCCCGCACGUGCACCAGGAGGAGGCCGGCAAGUUCAUCCUCAAGUUUGACAUUGACGGCGACAACAAGAUCGGGUUUGACGAGUUCCUGCUGUUCCGCACCCUGCUGUCCAUCCCGCUGGAGGACCUGGAGGUGGCCUUCAGGCUCAUGGACAAUGACGGCAGCGGCAAGGUGGACCGCGCCGAGUUCCAGCAGCUGCUGUCCUCCAUCCACGCCCGCGCCGGCAAGCCCUCGGUGUCCAUGCGCAAGUCGGUGCACACCGCAGACGCCGACCUGCACGGCCUCAUGGUGCUGUUCUUCGGCGCCGACGGCUCCCGCCAGCUGUCGCUGGACGCCUUCCGCACCUUUGGAUCCAUCAGCGGCCGCGACUUUGCGUGCAGCGUGGUCAGCUGCGCGCGGCUGAAGCACGUGGACGAGUACCUGGAUAAAGUACAGGCCAUGCCGCCGCAGCUUGCCGCCAUCCGGGUCACCCUGCCUGAGUUCCAGGAGUUCCGCCGCAUGUGGAGCAAGCUGCGCCUGCUGUCGGUGGCGCUUGAGUUCCGGCACAACACCAACGGCAAGGUUGGGCGGGAGGACUUUGCGUGGGUGGUGCAGCACGUGAUGGGCAUCCAGCUGCGGGCGGAGCUGGUGGACCUCCUCUUCUACCUGUUCUCCGACCAGGCUCACGACAGCCUCAACAUCAACGUGCUGGUGGGCCGCGACUGA